AUCAUAUUCAAACUGCAACACACAAAGAAAACACCUGCAUUCUACAUCUUAAUCAAAUAUAUAGAAAUAUGGCGGCUAGUAGUUUAUCAGUUGAGGAAAUAAUGAAAAAUCAGAGAGCUAAAGGUCCAGCCACAGUUCUGGCCAUUGGAACUGCUGCUCCUCCUAAUUGCUACCCCCAGGCUGACUAUCCCGACUUCUACUUUCGUGUCACGAAGAGCGAACAUAUGACUCAACUCAAAGAGAAGUUCAAGCGAAUCUGUAACAAAAGCAAGAUAGAAACACGUUACCUGCAUAUUACAGAGGAAACCCUAGAAGAAAACCCUAACAUGUGCCACUAUUCGGCUCCCUCGUUCGACGCUCGCCAGGAAAUUUUGAGGAUGGAGGUUCCGAAGCUCGGAAAAGAAGCCGCUGACAAAGCCAUCAAGGAGUGGGGACACUCCAAAUCAGAGAUCACCCACCUCAUUUUUUGCACCACUUCGGGCUACGAUAUGCCCAGUGCUGACUACCAGCUCACUAAGCUCCUGGGCCUCAAUAAUUCAGUGAAGCGCCACAUGGUCUACUUGCAAGGUUGUUUUGCAGGUGGGACGGUUCUUCGCCUGGCGAAAGAUCUCGCCGAGAACAACAAGGGUGCACGUGUUCUCGUGGUUUGUUCCGAGAUCACAACCAUCACGUUCCGAGGGCCUCAUAUUCACUCUUUACUCCCUCAAGCACUCUUCGGUGAUGGGGCCUCGUCGGUGAUUGUGGGGUCUGAUCCGGACCCUCUCACCGAACGUCCACUUUUCCAGAUUGUAUUCGCAGCCCAACACCUGGUGCCUGAUUCUGAAGACACGGUCCGUGGGAAACUGGGAGAGUCUGGCUUAAUGUUCUUUCUAAAAAGGAACAUAACCACGUUGUUUGCAGGGAAUAUGGAGAAGAUACUUAAAGAGGUUUUCGAGCCCCUUGGCAUAACUGACUGGAAUUCUCUGUUUUACAUAACGCACCCUGGUGGCCCAGCCAUCUUGAACCAGGUGGAACAUGUGUUGGGUCUAAAAGAAGAGAAAAUGUGGGCAUUAAAUAAAACCAACACUCGGAAGGUGCUGAGUGAGUAUGGUAACAUGGCGGGUGCAUGUGUGUUUUUUGUUAUGGAUGAAAUGAGGAAGAAAUCAAUGAAUGAUGGCAGGGCAACUACUGGCGAUGGGCUCGACUGGGGCGUCGCUUUCGGCUUUGGUCCGGGUUUUACCGUCGAAACCGUGGUGCUGCACAGUAUGCCGGUUACCCAUUAAGAUGCGAAGUUAUCAAAUUACCUUCAAAUUUCAAAAUCAAAUCUACCAACUUCUGACUGCACAUUAGUGAUUAAUGUGGUAUAAUUUACAAUAAUCAUGGAGUCUUGGUCAAGAUUUGUUGAAGUUCAAAAUAAAAAUGGGUCUGUAUGUGUAAUGUAUAAUAAUGUAUCGACCUAUAAUAAUACGUUGUGUUGUAAUAGUUUUGCGCAUGUAUUAUGUGCACAAACUUGUUUAAUGAAAGGCAACUGUUUUUCCCAUAA